AUGGCAUCCAAGCAGGGUGAAUUUGUUGGGGCUAUCGACUGCGGGACAACGUCUGCACGAUUUCUCGUAUUCGAUGAAUUCGCGAACGUCGUAGCUGAGCACCAGCGCGAAUUCCCGCAGUACUAUGAGCAUCCAGGUUGGCACUCUCAUGAUCCUAAAGAGAUCCAAGAGGUUUGCGAGUCCUGUGUUGCCGAGGCCACUAAGAAACUGGCAUCACAAGGAUAUGCUGCCGAUAGCAUCAAGGCAAUCGGUAUCACGAACCAGCGUGAAACGACAGUCGCUUGGUCUCGGAAGACAGGCAAGCAGCUUUGCCGAGCAAUCGUCUGGGACGAUGGCCGUACCAAAGCCGAAGUCACGCACUAUGAAAAGAAGCUUGCUGAAGAGGGUAUUGAAGUCAAACCUGGUGAAUUUCAGAAGGGCCCUGAAGCCAUUAGGAACAUCUCGGUGCAUUUAAUCCCCCUUGAUGGUAAUUCACCUGUAACUGGCAUUCCAAUUUCGACUUAUUUCUCGGCUAUCAAGCUACGAUGGAUGAUGCAGCAUCAUCACGAGGUCCGUGAUGCGCACGAGACAGAUGAUCUUUUGUUUGGAACCGUUGAUUCGUGGUUGGUGUAUAACCUGACUGGAGGCGCCAAUGGAGGCCUUCACAUCAUCGAUGUAACCAACGCGUCUCGUUCUUUGCUCAUGGAUUUGAAGACCCUACAAUGGUCGGAACCAAUGCUCAAAUUCUUCGGCUUCAAGAACUCGAUCCUCCCCAAAAUUGUUUCCAACUCAGAGGUUUAUGGAACCAUAGUUAAAGGCAAACCAUUGGAAGGUGUUCGUAUUGCUGGUAUUGUUGGUGACCAGCAAGGUGCCCUGGUCGGAAACAAGUGCUUGAAAGCUGGCGAGGCCAAGAACACAUAUGGUACUGGUGCCUUCUUGCUUUUCUGCACUGGGGACGACGUAGUUCUCAGUAGGAAUGGUUUGAUUAGCACUGUUGCGUAUCAAGCCGGACCCGACAGCAAGCCUGUAUAUGCAUUGGAAGGAUCAAUUGCCGUUGCUGGGAGUGCCAUUCAAUGGCUCCGAGACGGCGUUGGUCUCAUUCAAAACGCUCCGCAGAUCAAUACCUUGGCCAGUAAGGUUGAGGAUACUGGAGGAGUCUACUUCGUUACUGCCUUCAACGGCCUACUCGCACCCUACUGGGAUGCCAGUGCUGGGGGUAUCCUUAUUGGCUUGACUGCAUAUACGACUCCUAGCCAUAUUGCUCGGGCUACUCUCGAGGCCUCUGCCUUCCAAACAAGAGCAAUUUUGCAGGCUAUGGCUAAAGAUUCGGGAGUCGAGCUUCAGCACCUCAAAGUCGAUGGAGGGAUGACUAAUGGCGAUUUGGCAAUGCAGCUACAGGCAGAUAUCGGUGGAUUCGAGGUUAUUCGACCCGAAAUGAGGGAGUCUACUGCUCUUGGGUCCGCCCUGCUCGCCGGUUCGGCAAUCCGAUUAUUCGGUUGGGACAUCAGCAAGCCUGAGACCCUCUCUCGAGUAAAUACCAAGGGAAGUACCUCAUUCAACCCCAAGACGACCCGGGAGGAGCGCGUUCUGAGAUGGCUCGGUUGGCAAAGAGCAGUGGAGCGUAGUAAAGGUUGGAACGCCGAGUAUGUCGACUACGGAGACGAUGAUUAG